UGCCUCCCCUACAGCUCAGGAAAGCUGGAAAACUCGCCAUGUAGAGGGGGCAGAAAAAAACAGGGCACAUACAACAGCGGAUAAAGAGGAUAACCAUGACUUGAGACCCUGUUCUAGCACUACUCCUUUUUCUGUAUUCUGAGUUUUAUUUAUUUCCCAUCUUGAGGACUCUCCUGCCAGGAUUGAAUAGAAUUCUACGUUCAUGGAUAUCAAAUCCUGGAUUUUAUGGCAUUUUUUUAUUGGGUGAGAUAGAAUACAUGAUUUCCCAGCACUACUACAAUUCCUGACACUGUUUUGGACCAAAACCAGAAGUGACAUCCCUGUUCAUCUCUAUCACUUCCUUAACCUUGAUGUUUUUGGCGAGGAACUGUAUUUUUAUUUGUCCACCUUGAUAAGGUUUCAUUUGGUUCUCCUCAAACACUACCCUCGGCCGGGCCGUUACCUCUGUUCUCUGUGCUUGUUUGUCACUAAACAUUUUCGUAGCAUUUAUAGGGUUAUUCUAACCUUAGUGUGUGCUUAUUUUUAGCCAUUUGUAAGUUCUCUGACCUUUAAACAAGGCAUUGUUAAUUGAAACCGUGCUUCCAAUUUUAUUUAAACAACUUGUAAGAAAGUACAAAAUUUAGUAACUUAAGAAAUUUCAUUUGAUGAUUAUUUAUGUAGAUGCGCACACAAUUCAAUUUAACCUUGACAAAAGACUUAUGCCUUUUCUCAUAUUGUGAGAUAUUUUGCCGGUGAAGUCAAAAACACAUUUGAGAAAAGCAAAUAAUCUGGCUUCUUGUGCAUCUUUGAUUUUAAAACAAAUAUUUUUUUGUUGGGAUACUAGCAAUACUAAACUGGAAAUCUUUUGUGUAUUGUGUUUUGAUCAGAUGAUCGUAAGAGGAUUUAGCAUUGUUUCCAGGCAAAAUGCACUGAUGGGAAAGGUUUAACACUAUCAGGGAUAGAAAAGCCUGCUGAAGUUUCUUUUUGUUUUGAAUAGAUGCCUGAUGAAGCACUUUCAUCAUUUAUAACUUGUGUAACAUUAAGUUUGCGCAAAGCCCAUGAUUUGGGCUUAAAAAGCUGACACAUUUGAAAACAUCUCCAAACGUCUAGGGCAUCCGUCCAGAAAGACAUCUCACUACAACGCAGAAGAAAGGCCUCUGCAUGAGGCAUUCAAGCUGUAUAGUCCAAACAUACUUUUGAGGCCAGACAUUGAACAUGCGCUCCCCAGGCCCCGAAAGCCCGUCCAUGACCGAGGAGGCCCUGCUGCAUGGACAGUUCAGCGGUUGGAGCAGCGGAGGAGGGAGUGGAAGUAACAGCAACAGCAACCCCAACAGCCCUGGAGGUGUGUCUUUACCUUCCAGCCCUGCCUCCACCAACUAUGCUCUGACUCUCACACCAACUCACGUCCACGUCCAGCGGUUGUCUCCACGUGCUGGGAAGCAGUCCAGGCUGAUCCUCCCGCUGACAGAGCUGACCGGAUGCAGCUGCCCACGAUCGCCGGCCCCUCCUUUGCUGGUGCUUUACUGGUACCCCCCGGGUAAACGCCGGAAGGGCGUCUCCAGACACAGACAGGUGAGGGCGUACUUGGCAGAGAGCAGAGCUGAGGCGGAGAAAUGGAACGCUGCUAUACAGAGCCUACUGAGGGGGAUGGAUGUCAGCUCCACUACAGAAUUUUGCAAAAGCAUGUUGCCCCGUCCCCGUCGACUGUUGCUGCUGGUCAAUCCAUUCAGUGGCCGGGGUCAGGCAAUGCAAUGGUGUCAAACGCACAUACUUCCAAUGAUAAGAGAAGCCAACAUUAGCUACAACCUAAUACAGACAGAGCGUCGGAAUCAUGCACGUGAGCUAAUCAGAGAGAUUUCACUACAAGAAUGGGAUGGAAUAAUCAUUGUAUCUGGAGAUGGACUCUUGCACGAGGUGAUAAAUGGCCUUAUGGAAAGGACAGAUUGGGAACAAGCAAUAAAAACUCCAGUGGGAAUUCUGCCUUGUGGCUCUGGAAAUGCACUUGCUGGUUCCAUAAACCACUAUGCAGGAUAUGACAUGUGCCUUCGGGAGCCUCUCCUCCUCAACUGCUGUUUUCUGCUGUGCCGGGGUGGGGUUAAACCGAUGGACUUGGUCUCUGUUACAACCAGCCCAUGUGCUUCAUCAUCCACAUCCAAUCAGAAUGGGCACCCACCUGCUCCCAAGAGACUUUUCUCUUUCCUUUCUGUGGCCUGGGGUUUUGUGUCUGACGUGGACAUAGAGAGUGAGCGCUACAGAGGGCUGGGCUCAGCACGGUUUACACUGGGAACACUGGUGAGAUUGGCUUCUCUGCGCUCCUAUAAAGGCCGUCUUUCCUACCUGCCACCUGAUAUGUUCAACCCGUCCCCUGAUGCCACGCCUCAGCCACCCCGAAGGCCGCUUUCACGCAGCAUUACCGAAGGUUUGGAGGGAUUUUGUCGCACGCCCAUCCAUCGCACCUGCUCCGACAUGGGCCUGAGUGAACAAAGAAGUCUCCGCAAAGGAGAUGGAGAAAGAGAGAGGGAACGAGAACGGGAGAGGCAGGAGAGAGAGAGGGAGAGGGAGAGGAGGAGAGAGAGGGCAAGAGGGGUUGGAGUAGUGAGAGCAAGCAGUCUCGCAGAAGACAGAGAGAGAGAGGUGGAAGCAGAAGAGAAGAUGGAGGAGACAUCAGAGACCAGUUCAGAAUCAACUGAAAGGGAAGAGUGUGACAACAUAGUCAGGAAUGAUGGGAACAUAGAAGAAGAGAAUAAACCAGGUGGGGAUGAGAUAGAUGGACAAGGAAUGAUUAAAGUGAGAGAUUUGAGUGACAGAGAUGAGGUAAAUGAGUGUGACGAGAGUUAUCAGACGGCGCCAUCUGACCUCCAACGCACAUUACGUAAAAACUCACUCCCCUCUAGCCAGAUAAUUAAUGCCUUCUUCAGCCAGCCAAUUGGUGCAGACACUGACCAAGACUUGGAGGUGGCAGCCUAUGGGAAGGAAGACGAAGACCUAAAUGGCACCUACUUUCAAAGAGAUGCCUUUCCUCUGGACAAGUCUCGCGAGCGAGCCCUCACUAUCUCGUCCUCUCCAUUCCGUCAGUCUCCUUUCAAAGCUUUCAAACCUAAAACUUUGGACCAGAACCAGAACCCCUCACGGCCACGCCCCCUCUCCCUUCUCCAUCAAUCGCAUUCAAACUCUCUCCCUCCAAAAUUUCCAUCCCUUUCUCUGUCCCUUUCCCCGACCCCUCCUUCGUCUCCAUCUUGCGCCUCUCCCCACUCUUCUUAUCUCGCACCACGUCCCAACACUCCCAGCUCGUCUUCCCCAUCGCCUUCUUUUCAUUCACCGACCCCUUCCUUCAACUUUGACCUUGCAGAGCCUGCAGGACCCUUGAAGAACUGCCUUCACAUGACAUCCUCCAUCAACCUGCCAGAGGAUGAUCUGCUACCUCCUCUGGACCAGCCUCUCCCUACACGUGACUGGGUCCAUAUUGAGGGCGAUUUUGUCUUGGUGCUGGCCAUCUACCAGUCCCACUUGGGAGCAGAUCUUCUCGCUGCGCCUCAGGCUCGAUUUGAUGAUGGGUUGAUCCAUCUGACAUUUGUACGGGCUGGUAUCUCCCGGGCAACGCUGCUUAGACUGUUCCUAGCAAUGGAGAGAGGAGCUCAUAUGUCUGUUAGCUCUCCUUAUGUCAGUCAUGUUUCUGCUCGGGCAUUCCGCCUUCAGCCUCUUUCGCCACGAGGAACCCUCACUGUAGAUGGAGAGCUGGUCCCCUAUGGGCCUCUGCAGGCACAGGUUCAUCCCUCCAUAGCCCGUUUAAUUGUUGGGGACUCGGGAAUAAAGAUUACAAGAUUCUGACCUGUUUGGAACUGAACGGGCAGGGAUUAGCGUGACGCUCUGGAUUAUAUAACAUUUUGCCAUGCGCAUACUGGGGGAGAGAGAAACAGAAAGCCAGCAGUUGCAAUCACUACUUUUACUGGGAUUAACUAAGGGAUUGCUUAUUCAAGCUGCAUAUGCAAGGAGUAUUUUUGAAUUUAUUGAAGGGAUGAAAACUUGUGGCCUAUUGCAUGACUGUAGGAUUAUACUUGGAUUACCCAGUAGUGAGAGAGAGAAUGCAGCAAUGUCUACAUAAGAGGAAAAUGGCGAAACUGAAUGUGUCCAAAUGGUGUAUACAUUUUAGUAUGCAUUUGUGCAUAGAUUCUCAACAGUGAUCCUGCCUUAUUUCAGAGAGUGAGGAAAAAAAAAUAAAAAUACACAAACCCACAUUCAACUAUGGCUCCACCCAUUUUGCAUAAUAGGUACCCCUGGAAUGCCUUAUCCAUGUCUGAAUUUUAUGUAACCCUCCUUAAUUUACGUAAUUGCUUAGUGUGCGUCACACUUAAAGGGUUAGUUCACCCAAAAAUGAAAAUUAUGUCAUUACUCACUCACCCUCAUGUUGUUCCACACCCGUAAGACCUUCGUUCAUCUUCGGAACACAAAUUAAGAUAUUUUUGAUAAAAUCUGAUGACUCAGUGAGGCCUCUAUUGCCAGCAAGAUCAUUUCUUUUUUCAAUGCCCAGAAAGUUACUAAAGAUAUAUUUAAAGUUCAUGUGACUACAGUGGUUCAACCUUAAUAUUAUAAAGCGACAAGAAUACUUUUUGUGCACCAAAAAAACAAAAUAGCAACUUUAUUGCACAAUGUCUAGUGAAGGCCGAUUUCAAAACACUGCUUCAUGAAGCUUCGAAGCUUUAUGAAUCUUUUGUUUCGAAUCAGUGGUUCAGAGCGGCAAAAUCACAUGAUUUCAGUAAACGAGGCUUCGUUACGUCAUAAGUGUUUCGAAAUUUCAGUAGUUCACGGGAGUUUGGCAGUUUGAUAUGCGAUCUGAACCACUGAUUCGAAACAAAAGAUUCGUAAAGCCUUGAAGCUUCAUGAAGCACUGUUUUGAAAUCGCCCUUCACUAGAUAUUGUUGAAUAAAGUCACUAUUUUGUUAUUUUUGGUGCACAAAAAGUAUUCUUGUCCCUUUAUAAUAUUAAGGUUGAACCACUGUAGUCACAUGAACUGUUUUAAAUAUGUUUUUAGUAGCUUUCUGAGCAUUGAAAAAGGGAGUGUUCUUGCUGGCGAUGCAGACCUCACUGAGCCAACGGAUUUUAUCAAAAAUAUCUUAAUUUGUGUUCUGAAGAUGAACGAAGGUCUUACGGGUGUGGAACGACAUGAGGGCGAGUAAUAAAUGACAUAAUUUUCAUUUUUGGGUGAACUAACCCUUUAAUCUGAAAUCUCAUUUAGCAAAGAUUUAUCUGCUUUGAAAUAAGUCUCCGUCCAGCCCUGAAAACCGUUGUUUCAUGAGACUGAUCAGAAAUGUGUCAGUUCUUGCAUCCAUUUUGCGGGUAUUUUUAGGACACAAUCAUUGUGUGGUUAAAACGGAACAGUUAAACAUGGACUGUUAUGAUAUAUAUUGCAUUGCUAGACUGUGUAAAAAGCAUGCAACAAUCAUGAUGAUGACAUUAAUUGGUAACUAGCUAUAUGCAUUGUAAUGAACGUAGAAAGAAAGCUUGGAAAACUUUCACUUCAGGGUUUUUCUUUCCCCCCGGUAUUAUCGAAACAUGCUAAUCACUGUCUUCUAUGAGUUAAGGCAAAUUUGCAUAGUGUUUGCUCAAUUUUACUCAGAUAAAUAAUGAAGGAACCGGAAGUUAAUGAUCAACUGCCAGUGCAAAUCCUUUUCCUGAAAGAUUCAUUUAUUAAACACUAGGCGAGGACUAUUUCAUAGUGAUCAGUAACUUGACUUGAUAACAUUUUAGUCUUUCUCUCAAAACAAUUAACACUGAGUCACUAGAGCAACAGGAACUUCAGCUUUGUAAAAGAACAGACCUGUUGAAAGUCCAGCUGUGGAGCUGAUUACGAUUGCAAAAGAGCCUUUCCAGUGCUUUUGAAUUCUACCUAAAUAUUUAUUGGAGAAAUGCCCUAUUUGCAUUUCUUCUAUCCUUUUCAUUUCCAACCUCUCUUUUUUUUUUCUCUCUCAUUUCUGAAUUUGCAAUGAUUAGUAAAUAAUAUGUAACUCUAAUGACUCGACUGGUAUUUCCGAACAGCUGUUUAGUUCUUUCUAGUGCAAUAAUUUCUUCUUCUGUUGAUCUCUUCAGCUCUUAAGCAUCAGCUGAUAUGUAAAUCUAGUUGUUUUGUUUGUGAGUCUGGGUACUCAAAAUGAUUUUCAGCUGCAAUCAGAUGGCCAGUUAUUUUUUGUUAUUAUUCAUUCCCUAUAUUUCCUGCCUUCUUUUGUUGUACCAUGCUUUAGAGUGAUCUAAUAAAUUUGGUAUCAAGCUGCUGUCCAUCUUGAAAAUACCAGUUUAAGAUGUCUCUUCAUUCUGCAAUGCUUGUAUUAAGAUUGUAAUUACUAUUAAAAGAAUAUUAUAUUAAA